AUGUUGGGUGCACUCUUGUUGGCCCUUCAGACUACUUCUUUUGCUAUCUUGAUUAGCAAUGUCGCGGCCACUGAUUCCAACAACUACGAGCUCGACCAUGUUUUCGACAAACGACAAAACUACACCUGCAGUACCGCGGGGCUCGAGGACGUCUGCGAAACGAACACAGAGGACUGCAUUAAUGCAAUGUGUGCAUCAUGCUCUGGCUAUGUCUACAUUGCCAACUGUUGCGCCUUGUCCAGCUACACGGAGAUGAUGCAGUGUAUUCUCGAGCUGGAAAGCAAUCCAGCCGAGCUCACCGAGACUGUAGCGCCUACAUCAACCACCAGUGCCGACACAAGCACCAUCACCGCGUCCUCGAACGUCACUGGGAUAGCAGCAUGUUCAGACUGGGAAGCAAUGGUGUUUGGGUGCGUAGAUGAUACGCCCGGCUUCACCACAGAGGUGUUCAGUCAACAGGCACGCUGCUUGUGCUACAGCAAUGGCACAUAUCGGCCUGACCUCUACGACGGCAUGUUCUCGGGCUGUCUUGCCUACCUUUCCACCGCAGAUCCUGCAGGGUAUUCGAGCGUCGUUACCGCGGGCUCUGUCGAUUCGGCACCGUGCAAAAACCUGGCCACGGCCACACCCUCAUCUUCUGGCACCCAUUACAUCGGGCAUUUGACCAGCAGCACGUCGACAGCUGCUGCUACCUCGGUGACACCAGGUCCAACAACAUUUACAGGUCCCACACAGACACCAGCGGCGGAGAGCAACGGAAGCACAGGCCUAGAAUCGAGUCGUCCGAUUUCACUAGGCUGGUUCCUGUGGCUCUGGGGGACUUGCGUGGUGGUGGCCACACUGUUGUAA